AUGGGUGUGCAGUCCAGCAUCCCGAGCCGCACUAAAGAGGUUUGCGUCGUAGGAGCUGGCGUGAGCGGUCUUCGAGCUGCCGGGCUGCUCGCUGCCGCAGGCUUUAAUGUGACGGUGCUUGAAGCCCGCGACCGUAUUGGGGGGCGGAUCCGCCAGAGCUCUGAAUUCGGCCUUCCAGUUGACCUUGGUGCUAGCUGGAUCCAUGGAACAGAGAGCAACCCCCUGGUGGGCCUUGCAGAGGAAGCGGGAGCCACCACCGUGGGUUGUGGUGCUGUCACUUCCAUAUGUGAUUCUAAUGGAAACUGGCUGGACCAAGACAUUGCAAAGACUUACUACGAGGAAGUAUGGGAGAUCCUGGAGAUGGCAAUUGAGAAGAGCAGACAGGAGUCUGCUUCCCUUCCUGAUGAUUCAAAAAUGAUAGAUUUCUUCCAUGAGGAAGUCCGGACAAGACGCCCGAAAGCUCAACAUCCAGAGACCUAUGAGGCAUUGAUGUUACAAAUCGUCGAGAUGUGGGGGGCUUUCAUGGGUGACGACUGCGCAAACCAAAGCCUUAGGAACUUGUGGCUGGAUGCUGGUUUAGAAGGGGACAACCUGUUUGUAGCUCCGACUUUUAAAGACAUUCUGCGCCGUCUUCACCUCCAAGUGACCAACAAGGCAACCCUACGGCUCGGCUGCGAGGUCACACGCAUAGCAAACGGCCAACAUGAUUUCGUUGAUAUCGAGGCAAGAGAUGGGUUCCGACGUUCCUUCAGUGAUGUAGUCGUUACAGUGCCAUUGGGAUGGUUGAAGCGUAACGAACAUAUCUUCUCGCCGCCCUUAUCUCCGACGAUAUCGAGCGCGAUCCACGGCCUGGGAUAUGGAAACCUCGAAAAGGUGUUCAUCAGGUUUCCUCGCGCAUUUUGGGAUGCCCGGUCAUCAGCAAUGGGUACUACUCACACAUCUGGAACUGGAUUCGAAGACACACAGAACCCACCAUUCCCCAUUGAAUCUCUCUUUCUUCGUCCGGAGUAUGCAGCUGAUACGAACCCCGCAAAAUGGCGAGUGGAAAUUAUUUCGCUCUCGGGCCUGCCGGGGCAAUUCUCACAGCCUGUUGUCAUGUUCUUCAUCUAUGGCCAGUGGGGCAGGCAUAUAACUGGCCUUGUCCGAGGCAUGAAGCAGGGCUCUAGUGAGUACUAUCGAAUUCUGGAUAACAACUUGCGGCCGUAUUAUUCUCGAUUGCCAAAUUAUGAUCCUGCCUCACCUGAUUGUAAACCGUCGGAGUAUUUGUCUACAGAUUGGCAAAACGACGAGUUCGCAGGAUACGGAUCAUUUGCAAACCUGCCAAGGGGAUCCGGAGACUGUGCGCAGCACUUCGAGGCACUCAGAAAGGGUAUGGGGGAAGAUCGGGGUGUCUGGUUUGCCGGCGAACACACAUCGCCUCCUGGCGGACUCGGCACUGUUACUGGUGCAUACUGGAGCGGAGAGGAGGUGGCCCAGAGGGUAGCUCGCCGCCACGGGGUUUCGAUAGACGUAUAA